UGUACUCUCUAGCUAGUGGCACACACCACUACUGUCCACACUGCACCUUCUAUGUCUUCGCAGUCAAAGAGGCAGCUCAUGGGGACGGCUUCGACGAGCCCAGACGCCAUGGAGGCAACAAGCAGGCCCCCCGGCCUCUGCAUCACCGUGGAGAAGAACCCGCCGGAGGCGCGCUUGCUUCAACUCGGCGUCAAGUCCUGGCCCAAAUGGGGCUGCCCGCCGGGGAGGUUCCCGCUCAAGUUCGACGCGGCGCUGACGUGCUACCUCGUGAAGGGCAGGGUGAGGGCCGCCGUGAAGGGCUCCCGCGAGUGCGUCGAGUUCGGCGCCGGCGACCUCGUCGUCUUCCCCAAGGGCCUCAGCUGCACCUGGGACGUCGUCGUCGGCGUCGACAAGCACUACAACUUCGACCCCUCCUGAAUUAUCAGCACCACACGUCCAGCCGACCACACGCCCUCAUCGUUCUUCUUCUUCUUCUCCUUUUUUCUGACGCGCCUGAAACUCCUCCUGACGUGAGUUACAGUAUGUAAAACCUCUGGAACGAUGACUACCAUGAUUUAGCUAGCAAGGAUUUGUGUGGUAGCCACUAGUUUUCGCUUUCAGAAGUUGUGAGUCAACAGAAACUGAUGGCAGCAAUGCAAGGACGAUGUUCUUGAUUGGAUGCUUUCUCUCCUUGACCGUCGAUUUGCCGGUUAAACUAUGAGCAAAGGAAGGUCCAAAG